UCCUCGUCCUGUCAUUCCCACACAGUCCGCCAUGUCCUCCUCCUCCUCCCUUCUUCUUCUCCUAUCCUUCUUCCUCCACGUCGUCCUCCUCUUCCUUCCCUCCAUCGUCGUCGCGGAGGUCGAGUCCCCGGCGUCGCCGUCGAACGGCACCACCAUUUACGAUCUCCUUCCGCAGUACGGCCUGCCGCCGGGCAUCCUCCCGGACACCGUCAAGUCCUUUUCCGUCGCCAGCAACGGCCGCUUCGUCGUGGACCUCUACGGCCCAUGCUACGUCGACUUCGAGUACCUGGUCUACUACGCUCCCCGGGUGUCCGGCGUCCUCAGGUACGGCGCCAUCGGCAACCUCGAGGGCGUCCAGGUCCGCCGCUUCCUCGUCUGGUUCGACGUCGGCGGCAUCAUGGCCGACCUCCCCUCCUCCGACUUCCUCUACUUCCAGGUCGGCUGGAUCACCCGCAAGCUUCGCAUCGACCAGUUCCAGACCGUCCACUCCUGCAGGGGGAGCCUCUCGCCGCUCGGCCGCGUCAAGGAGGUCGCCCGUUACGUGCUCGAGAGCAUUUUCGCACCUCAACUAUGAUGAUGAAGUAAUGUGAGAAUGAAAAACCAGCAUGCAGACACAUACAAGUUGUACGGGUAUUUUCUUAGAAACCGUCGAAUCGAUAAAUACUGCCCUUAUCAACUUACAGGGUCGAUUUUCUGUUUCAUGGCAUGAUACUAUGAUUGUAGGUUUUCACCGACAAGAUGGUGGAGUUGUAAGCAGUAACGUUGAUCGAACUGUUUUUUCUUUUAGAACUGUAUGUUUGUAUUUUUCAACAUAUUGUCCGGACCACUCCCUAUAAGAUGACAUAAACCACAAUUUUGUGAAGCUUUUAUCA